AACAGAGGAGGGUUUAUCAAGGAUAUGGACGUGGUGCGAUCAAGAAGAAGCAGAGAAGACAGCCCGGACAGGGCCAGAGUUUGCAUGAAGCCAAGAGUUAAACACACCAGGAAAGUUCAGGUUGUUUACUACCUGACCAGAAAUGGCCACCUUGAGCAUCCUCAUUACAUUGAAGUCACCCAUUCCGCCAAUCACCCACUUCGCCUCAGAGAUGUAAUGGAAAGACUCACGGCACUUAGAGGUAAAGGAAUGCCUUCUCUGUAUUCUUGGUCUUGCAAAAGGAGUUACAAAAAUGGUUAUGUAUGGAAUGAUUUAGAGGAAAAUGAUGUUAUCUAUCCAUCAGAUGGAGCUGAGUAUGUACUCAAAGGUUCUGAAUUGGUCGACGGCUGCUCUGUUUCAAAAAGAUUUCAACUUGGAAGCAACAGGAUGCCACCGCCGCCACCGCCGGGAAUUCAUGAACCAAGUAUCCAUUCAAAACAGAAAUUGCAAUCGUUCUCUCUGACUCGAUCGACCCAUAGAGGAAGAGAACGGGAAGGGCAGAGGACUGCAUUUGAAGAGCAAGAAUUCGAGGAUGAAGAAGAACAAGAAGAGGAAGCAUAUGAAUUGGACGAGGAGAAGACGAGCUACACAAGCUCCACCACACCGCAUUCUCGCUGCUCCAGAGGAGUAUCCACUGAUGAGCCAGAAGAAGACCACAAAAAUGGCCCCAAUUCAAUCCCCAAUCACUCAUCCCCACCGCCAACCGCCUCCAUCCUCUCGGAAAAGCCAAAACAGAGCAAAAACAGUACUUCCCAGAGAUUCGAAGACGGUGACCCAGUUGCCCCCGGGUCAGCAUCUGGCCGAAACUCUGUUCUGCUUCAACUAAUUUCCUGUGGUAACUUAGCCGUUUCUAAAGCGAAGAAUGUAUCCAAUUUGAAGCAACCUGCAAACAAUGCACUGAAGAAGAGCGAGAAUUUGCACAAAGGAGUUCUCUGCAAAAGUGCAGUGAAGCGUGCAGUAGGCGAUGAAGAUAUGAUCAUAAGCUGCAUGUCGGAGAAUCCCAGGUUCGGAAAUUUACAAACGGAAGAGAAAGAGUAUUUCAGUGGGAGCAUCGUUGAGGCAAUGAGCGAGCAACGGGCAGUGGUUGCUGCUCAGCCAGCGCUGAAGAAAUCCAAUUCAUACAAUGAAGAAAGGAGCUGCAAGGCUGGAUUUGGAGAAAUCAAGGAGGAGGAGGAGAGGAGAAAAGAGAAGGUGGGGAAAGGCAAUUGUAUCCCACGUAAGAAACUGUCAUCGGCAUUGAAACAGAGUAGAACAUGAGAGAAACUGGUGUUUUCCGGAAUUAUGGAGGUUGCUUGUUGAAGUUUAGAGGUCUCAUCAUUGAACAGGAACCGUUUUCCUUUUUCGUUGUAAAAAGGGGUCGGUAAUGAAGUCUUAGGGAUGUUACUUAGCAGAGGAAAAAAAAAUAUUGGAGAUGUUGAAACUUGAAAAUGAAAGGAAGCUGUUAUUCUCUGUUCUCUAAAUUUGGCCAUAGAAAUCAUAACACGCUUAGACUAUCCUAACAGCAUUCUACAUUAGCAAAUUUAGAAAAUCAGAAUGUUAGACCACAGCCACAGGGGAAAGGGUAAAAGUUUGAGUUUAGUUCAAUUAAAUUUACUUUAUGCAU